AUGGUCCGGUUGGUAAUACAUCAUUUCAUCGACAGAGCGGCGAAAACGUAUCAAGAAAUUCCUGGACCAAAGGGCCCUUUCGGGUUGGGAAAUCUUUAUCAGUACAUUCCAGGAAUAGGACGUUACAGCUUCGAUGAGCUGCAUCGGUCCGGUGAGGACAAAUUUCGACAGUACGGACCGAUCGUACGGGAAACGAUGAUUCCCGGGCAGGAUAUUGUGUGGCUUUACGAUCCGGACGAUAUUGCUGCGGUACUGGACGAUCGUACACCGGGCAUGUAUCCGUCCCGGCGUAGCCAUACCGCGCUGGAAAAAUAUCGCAAAGAUCGUCCAAAUGUGUACCGUACUGCUGGUCUGUUACCAACAAACGGUUUGGAAUGGUGGAAAAUACGAUCCGAACUACAGAAAGGACUAAGCGCUCCACAGAAUGUGCGAAACUUUCUUCCCUCGACGGAUAAAAUUACGAAGGAAUUCAUUGCACGUCUACGAUCGCAACUGGAUGCGGAACAGCCCACCUCCGGUACGAAGAACUUUGUGAUCGAAGACGCAAUGCCACUGAUUUCGCGACUUAAUCUAGAGUUGAUCUGCUUGCUGGCCUUCGACGUACGGUUGGACAGCUUCUCCGAGGAACAAAUGCUUCCCAGCUCCCUAUCCUCUCGAUUGAUGGAAUCAGCCGAUACGACCAACUCCUGCAUACUGCCCACCGAUCAGGGCUUUCAGCUGUGGCGUUACUUUGAAACGCCCACCUACAGACGGUUGUGCAAAGCGCAGGAAUUUAUGGAGAAGACCGCCGUCGAGCUUGUGUCACAGAAGUUGCUCUACUUUAACGAGGACCAGCAACGGUUGGCAAGUGGAGAACAUUCGAAAUCACUUAUGGAGGAAUAUCUUCGCAACCCUAAUCUGGAGCUGAACGAUAUCAUCGGUAUGGCUUCGGAUCUGCUUCUUGGUGGUGUACAUACGACCAGCUACAGUACUGCCUUCGCACUGUACCACUUGGCGUUGAAUGGAAGCACCGCCCAGGAACGGUUGUACCAGGAGGCGAAGAAAAUUCUGCCCGAUCCAAGGGAAAGCCGGAUCGGAGCUGCCGUGUUGGGAUCGGAAGCUUCCUAUUGUCGUGCGGUACUGAAGGAAUCGUUACGCUUGAAUCCCAUCUCGAUCGGUGUAGGACGAAUUCUCAACCGGGAUCACGUGUUGAGCGGCUAUCAGGUUCCACGUGGAACGGUCAUAGUUACCCAGAAUAUGAUCUCUUGUCGUCAGGAGAAAUAUUUCCGCAAUCCUCUUCGAUUCACACCCGAACGGUGGAUGCGCGAAACUAAGGAACCAGUGCAUCCUCAUUUGGUGGUACCAUUCGGACAUGGCAUGAGAUCAUGCAUCGCCCGUCGAUUGGCAGAACAGAGCAUGCUGGUACUGCUACUGAGGCUCGUACGCUCUUUCGAAAUCGAGUGGGCCGGGACUAUUCCGAUGGAUGUCCAAACGAAACUUAUCAAUCAACCUGAUCAACCGAUUCGAAUACGGUUGAAGCCAAGAUCAUCGUGA